AUGUCUCCCAAGGCUGCAGUCAACGUGCCCACCGACACGAAGCAAAAGGAGAAGUGGCUAAUCAACAUUACGCACGCGCAGGACAUCAACCAGAAGCUCCAGUUGUUUGGAAUCUAUCAUGGUGAGUCAUCCAAGCAGAGCCACAUGCCGAAAAAGGACCUGCGGAAUGCAUUGCUGACCGACCGUCUAGCCUUCAACAAGGGCAAGCUUCCCUCGUGUGAUGUUGCCUUGAACAGUGCCUUGGCAUCCAAGGCCCUCUCCUCUCCCUCAAAGGAGCUGUCGAGCGAGGGUCGCGUCCUCGUCCAGGAUCUCCGCAACGUCAUUGAACAGGCCAAGAUUCUUCUGCUGUGCAAGAAUGAAGGCGAGCUGUUGCAAGACUUUAUCUGGCAAGCUCAGCACAUCAGUACCGGUGAAGCCAAAGGUCUCAAUGUGCCAGUCAACAAGGAGACUGGCCAGCAGGACGCCAACAAGGCACUGGAGGGCCUCAAGACCCUGGGCACCUUGCUGAUCACCAAUGGCGAGUUCCGCAAGAUUUUGAGUGAUGCCGUCGUUCUCAUCCGUGACAUGGCCGCCGAUUCUGCGCAAAAGGCCGCCAAUGUGGUUCGACCUCCCGAGGAGAUGCUAUCCAAGAUCGACGAGCCCGCAGAGCAGAACACUUGGCACGAGAAGCCCAAUCUGUCCAAGGAUGACCUCAAGCAGCGUUUGAGCAAGAAGAAGACUGGCACGGAGACUACUCCCGCCGUAACCGAGUCUCAGCCAGUCGCCCAGGAUGAUGUCAACUCCAUGACCCCGUCCGAGCAGAGCUUGCGCAAGAAGUAUGGCCAGCAGACUCGCGAGUAUCUGUCCGAGAAGGUCCCCAAGGAGCGUCGCGAGCAAGUCAUCUGGCGCCUGAAGAAGAUGGUCAUUGAGAUUCAAGGUCACGCCGACUACCAGCAAGCAAUCGAAACCCUGCUGUCCAUGGCUGAGAAGUACGCUGGGCACACCAAGACUGCCUCUUCGCAGGGUGGCAGUGCCGUCCGUGACGUCCGGUCCAACGAUCGCGUGCGAUCUGUUGAGCACAAUCUACGCACCUUGAUCGAACGUUUUGCCAACAACACCUCCCUAUCCGACUUCUUCGAUUCCCUUGACAACAUCUACCGGGAUGCCGAUAAUGACCCCGAGCUCCGCGGAUGGUUCUCCAACAUCGACACCUACAUUCGCAAGUGCUUGCGGGAGCAGGGCUUCAUCAUGCAAGAUGAGGCGACCCGCCAGUGGAACGAGCUCUACGACAAGGGUCGAUACCUCCUUCGCGAGCGCUACCGUACCCACACCGAUCGUGUCGUCGAUGAGACCAAGUUCAUGGCCGACCAGUUUGAUCAGGAUCCUCGCAACAAGGCCUUGGCUGAUGCCGUUCAGAAGCUCUUCUUCGACCUGGGGCGGGACCAGGGUGGCAAGGUUGUGUUCAAGAAGCAUCUCCUCAAGGAUAUUCGCGAUGUCAUCCUCCCCGGCUUGAUUGAAAACGUCCGCUACAUUCCCAUUCCCCGCAUCGAAGUCUCGGACCCUACCGCGGAUGUGGUCAUUGAGAACCUCACUAUCGAGAGUGACAACCUCAUGCCCAACGUGGUCGAAUUCGGUAGCGAUAACUAUUUCCGCUGGGGUCGCAAGAAGAUCAGUAACAAGCACGACAACAAGAUCAUGAUCGCCGCCUCUGGCAUUCAGGCUGAUCUCCGCGACGUCAGCUACUACAUCAAGAAGAAGGAGGGCUUCCCCUCGCUCACCGACAUGGGUGUCAUGGACAUCUUCUUGGGUGGUGAAGGGUUCGGCUUCAAGAUUGCUGCCUCCACCGCUGACAAGAGUGACAAGGAGCACUUUGUCAAGGUCGACAAGAUUUCCGUAAACAUUAAGAAUAUGGACAUCAAGCUGAAGAAGUCGAAGCACAAGCUCCUGUUUGCCGCCUUCAAGCCUCUGCUCUUCCGCGUCGUUCGGCCCGCGCUGGAGAAGGUCCUGGAGGCUCAGAUUCGCAAGGCCUUCACCGACGCGGAUGCCUAUGCGCACAACAUUCACAACGAGGCCACCCGUGCCCAGGAGGCUGCUCGCGAGAACCCCGACCAGGCUGCCAGCAUCUUCUCCCGCUACGCGGACGCCAUGCGUGCCCGUGCUCAGUCCAAGGCUGAGAAGGCCCAGGCUGUCGCCAGCCGCACCAAGGUACAGACUGUUCUGACCUUGCAUGAUUCUAUCUUCCCCGAUAUCAAGCUGCCCGGCGGAAUCUCUAACAAGGCCACCGAGUAUGCUGAACUCGCCGCCAAGGGCGAGAAGUGGGAGUCGCCUAUCUUCAGCAUCGGUAGCGCCGCCGAGUCUCGGGAUAUUCCUAGCGCUGGCACUGUCACCCGCAAGCCGCACACCACCGCUGCAGACCGCACCGGACCUUCUGGCCCCGGUUAUGCUUUGGCUGGCACGGGUGCGGCGUACACCAACGGCAACGCCAUGCACAGCGGCAAUGGUGCCCUCGGCAGUGUGAACGGCCACUCCAAGGUUGAUGGAUACCCGUCUCGAGGUUUCUCUGACGAGGUGGACCAAGCCUUUGUCGACGGCAAGACCAAUGGCUUCACUGGCACUGGUGUUUCGCCCAUCGUCAAUGGCACCAAUCAGCCCCUGAACCUUCCUGCGACCGCUGUCUAA